CGUUGCGCAUGCGUUACCUUCUCCUGUCACCCUCCACGAAAAGGUUCCAGGAGAUAUCUCGUGUGUCGGGCGGUAGCUUAAUGCUUCUGAGUUUGACUGAUAUUAUAAUGUUUUGCUGAUCUUAUCUGUCAUAAGUUUCAAAGAAAGGGAGUACCGACAACAAUGCUGCGUGUCUGCUUGAAAGGGGCAAAUUCUGCAGCGCGGAAAUGCCUCUGUGGUAAUGGCUCCCCACUUCACCCCCUGCAGCAAUGUCGUCGUUACACUUCUGGAGGGUCAGGGUCCUCUGCAGGAAAGAUUGUAGCGGCCAGUGUCCUCACUGUGGGUGGAGGAGUUGGUGGUACAAUUCUUUACGCCAGUUGGGAUCCCAAAUUCCGGGCCAGUGUUGAGAAAUCUGUACCAUAUACAGAUCAAGUGUUUAGCCUAGCUCUUGGCCCAGCAGCACCACCACCAGUUAUAAAGAAGCCAGGAAACGUUGAACCACUUCAGAUUUCCUCCGUGUCUGAAGUGUCAAAAGAAUCAAAGCAGCCAACGGCCAAAGGGAACAAGGUUGAAAAGAAAGUAGAGGAAUCUGCAGAGCAACCAGCCGCGGAUGAGCCGUCUUCUCCAGCACCACAGCAGACCUUAGAGGAAGCUUCUGCUCAGGCAGCUCAUAUCCUUUCAGCCAUCAGCGAGGGGGUCUCUGUACCAGCCCCAGGCACCCAUGAGGCCCGGGCCGUGGCCCACCCAACCGCUCCUCAAGAGGUCCCUUCAGCUGCCGCAGAAUGCACCAAGUGUGCACAUGAGCCUGCGCCUGCGGUGAAAGAGCGUCCUGAAGAUGAAGUGGCUGCCCGUCUGGCCGAGCAGGACAAGGCUGAGCAGGACCUCCUGAGAACGCUGUCCGUUGAGCUGGAGGAUGCCCUGGGCAGUACAGCCAAGGUGACCCUGCAGGCCAUCGGGGCCCAGGAAGCUGCUCUGCACGCCAUUGCCCAGCACACCGUGAAGCUGAAGGAGGCCAUGGACGCAGAGGUGCCUCCAGAUAAGAAGUCUGCCCAGUGGAGAGUCCUGGAAGAUGCACUUAAUGAACGCAGCCGUUCAGUAGAUGAAGCUGGUGCAGCGGUCCUCAAGGCCAAGGCUGAGCUGGACAGGUUGAGAGGAGUGAUCAAUGGAGCCAAGGACUCGAAAAUCGCUGCAGCCCGGCCAUCUAUCCUGGCCGCAGAGGAGAACCUUCACAGCAUGGUGGUGGAUCUGGACAGCGUGGUAACUAAGGUCCAGAGUGCUCAGUCUGAGGCGAAGAUUGUGUCCCAGUACAGUGAGCUGGUGAAUGAGGCCAAGGCUCAGUUCCAGAAGGAGUUGAAUAGCAUCACUCCAGAGGUCCAGGCCAACUGGAAGGGACUCACAGGGAAGCUUACUCAAGAUGACCUGAACUCCCUCAUCGCCCACGCCCACCGACGCAUCGACCAGCUGAACCGGGAGCUGGCUGAGCAGAGGGUUAGGGAGCAGAUCCACAUCGAGACUGCCCUGGAACAACAGAGGCUGGAGGACAAGAAGGCUCUGGAGGUGGCCUUGUCCACCGCCCUGGAACACAACCGAGAACAGAUGCGCCUGGAGCAGGAGAAGAAGGUGGAGGAAACUCGGGAGGUGAUGGAGGCGGAGAUGCGGACACAGCUGCGUAGACAGGCUGCAGCGCACACAGACCAUCUGCGGGACGUCCUGAAGGUGCAAGAGCAGGAGCUGCGUUCAGAAGCCGAGGAGAUCCUGAACAGCACGUUGAUGGAGAAGGAGACUGAGUACCGUCGUCUGACACAGGACCAACUGGAUAGAUUCACCCUGGAUAUGAACGCAGCGUACGCUAGACUUAAGGGCAUGGAGGAGGCCAUUGAUAGUCAUGCUAUAGCAGAGGAGGAGGCCCGUAAGGCCCACCAGCUAUGGCUGUCCGUGGAAGCUCUGAACUACACCCUGAGGACCGCCGCACUGAACCACCCCACUGAGCCCCUAGAGGACGCUGUGCAGGCCAUCAAGGAGAGCUGCGCUGAGAACGAGUUCGCCCAGACCCUGACCACAGCCCUGCCCUCAGAGUCCCUGAGCCGCGGAGUUUACAGCGAGGCGUCUCUCCGAGCCCGCUUCUAUGCCAUCCGACAGCUGGCCCGCCGUGUGGCUCUGAUCGACGAGACCCGCAACAGCCUCUACCAGUACUUCCUCUCCUACAUACAGGCAGCGCUGCUCUUUGAGAAGCCAGAGGAGGCCCCCCCUGCCAAGCUGUCGGCAGAAGAUCUUGACACAUUUAAGUUGCUCUCCUACGCCACCUACUGCUUGGAGCACGGAGACCUGGAGCUGGCUGCAAAGUUUGUUAACCAGCUAAAGGGCGAAUCGCGCCGGGUGGCUCAGGACUGGCUCAAAGAGGCCAGGCUCACAUUAGAAACCAAGCAGGUGGUCAGCCUCCUGUCUGCAUAUGCCAACGCUGUGGGGUUGGGCACAACCACGGCCCCUUAGAUCAGAUCCAUGACACGAGUGUCCCCAUCCACAGCAAGCUCUGCUCUCUCCUUGAGGAAAAUAAUUUAAUGUAUAUUACAAAUAUCAGGGGAAAUCAGUUUGUAUGCACUAGUAAGCCACUGAGGGGUUUUAAAAUGUGUGUUGAACUCAUUCCAUAGAGGGCCAAGUGUGCUGUUUUUCCAUUAUUUACUUUCAUUGUUUCUAAUGAAGACUUAGACAACCAGUUGAGGGGAAUUUCUGACUUGACUGAAGGUAGAACAGAAACCUGCAGCCACUCAGCACACCGUGGAAUUAGUUUGACACAGGUGGUCAGAGGACUUAACUGGGGAAAAAAUGUAUUAUUGCAUGGACUUAAUCAUUGAAGACAUCUGCCAUUUUCUGUGUAUUCAAUAGGAUGGGACUUGCAACUUCAUUUGUCGGAUGCCUUCUGUUGACAUGGGAUAUCAGUCCAUUAAUUCAAUGGAAAUUGGAUACUUGAAUAUGGAGAUGGCCUCAGUGGUUCUGCUCAUGCUGUCACUUAUUCUGUAUUGAGAACUAUAGAUCCGUCUAACCGGGCAUAUAUGUUGACACGUGUUGUAAAAUGUGGCCCCUCAAAUCCUGUCCAAGCUUCUACAAUAAAGUAGUAUUUGCUGAGAGCAGUGCUGUUUUGGAUGUACUUCUUGGACACAGGUCACUCCAGUCAGUGGUCUAUGCAGGUGUAAUGGACAAGGCCCUGGUCAUUUGUAGGCAGGCCUCCUCACUGUGUAGCACUCUGUGUUUAGAUGGUAGCGGGACCCUUGGUACAACUGCACUCUUAAGUAACCUGCCCUUCCACUAGCCUUGUUAAACUGUUUCAAAUCACUUGCUUUGUUCAACUGGAUGUUCAUUAUUUUCUGGUCUAGUGGUUUAUUGACCAGAGCUUUGUGGAGAAUCAAAUAACCAAUUGUGUCAUGCAGUGUCCUCCCUGUCAUUGGAUAUAAUAAAUCAUGGAUGUGUUCAAGAGCUCA